UGUGCUUCAGAAGACAGUAGAAAAGUACCGAAAAUUUUACCUCAGGGAUGGGUAUUCCACAUACAAAUGCAUAGGCUCAAUUAUAGAACAUUUACUGAACGCUGGAGCGAAAUGUAUAGAGACCGAAUUAACUUCUCUGUUACAGCUGGCUUGUAAACAUCAACAUUUCGCAUUGAUGAAAGCCUUAGUAAGGAGAGGGGCGGACCUGUCUGUUAAAAAGUCAGAAAGGGGUAUUUUACAUGAUUGUUGGCUACCUUUCGACUUUUAUAAAAUUGUUAUUACACCAAAUUUGUUAAAAGAAUGCAUCGAGUAUAUAGAGUUCCACAAGAAGGCUGGAGGAAGCCUGACUGAACUUUAUAAAGGCUCUACACCUCUUGAUUUGUACUUGAAGUCUGACAUUUACAAAAAAUCGGAAAACUUUAAAAGUUUGCGGGAUGAAAUUGCUACCCUACUUGCAUGCAACGAUGAAGAUGUUUGUGAAUCUGAUAGAAGACUCUCGGAAGAACACAUCGCUGCCUCGACUGGACAUUUGUCCAAACUGAAAACUCUGGUUGAAAAGGGGGCUAACUUGCAUUUAAAAGACAAGGAUGAAAACUCAUGUCUGCAUCUUUGUUUGUCUUCAGGUAUCGGCAGCGUUGUAGAAAUGGUCAGCUACCUGCUAGAGCAGGGUCUUUCUCCAAACGACACGAAUUCAGACCACGAGACUCCUUUAUAUUUAAUCCUAAAAAACGCAAAAUAUCACACUGAAGAUGAAGUAUCGUCCAUCGUUAAACUUUUGAUAAAAUUCGGCGGAAAUCCAAACCAAGAAAAACUUGAGAAAAAUCCUUUAAUUCAAGCAAUAGAAACAUUUAAUGCUAAAUGUGUUCAUAUUUUACUGAAGAAUGGAGCGAGGGUGAAUGAUCUGCCGAGUAAAUUAAAUGCACUGCAUGUGAUGUACGAUUCCAUUCUAUCUGUUCUGGUAAAAGAUCAGAGAGAGGACAUUCGCUUUCUGCAACAUUUGCUAGUUACGAACCAGGUUAAUUUAAAUGCGAAAAACACCUGCGGAGAUAGUGUUCUUCAUUUAGCUGUCAAAGUUCUGUGUAAUACGAAGAUAUCUGUUGGAGCUACACAACUUAUUCAAGAACUUGUUGAACAUGGCUCGGAUGUGAAUGCAACCGAUUGUAAUGGACAAACGGCUCUGAGUCUUUGUUGUGAAUUUGGUUGCGAUAUUGAAUGCAUUGCUGUUAGCAAAUACUUACUGGAAAACGGAGCGGAUCCCAAUACAGGAUGUGCCUUGAAUCGUGCAUUUAUGCACGUAAAAUGUGGAAUAAAAGAUGAAACGAAGGAGUUAAUUUUUCAACUCCUAUCACAUGGAGCAAAUCCCAAUGCUGAAACAGACUGUAGUGAUACACCAAAUCUCAUAGUAGCAAUCAACAUGGGGGAUACUGACUUGGUGAAUGCGUUGUUGAAAAAUGGUGCUCACCCAAAUAUCUGGGAUGAUUCUGAAACCAGUCUUUUAUAUGCAUGCAAUUUAGGUUUUGAUCAGGCUACAGAGAUUGUACCACUCCUUCUUCGGUACGGUUGUAGCAUCAACCUAGGUCAACAUGGUAAACCGUAUAUAUAUUACAGACAACAUCCACUCUUCAGAAUUGUCGAAAAGAUUAUAAAAAAUGCGGAAUGUGUAGAAUUUACAGAGGAAAAAUACGUAGAAAAGGUUGACUUGAGAUUGUUCAAUCUUCUACUUUGUGGGGGAUGUGAUUUAUCUGUUCUUUUGCGUCCUGGUAAUAAAGGAAAAUCAAUUCUUGCCUCAUUGACAAGGAAUGGAUAUUUUAAGGCGGCUGAGACUUUAAUAAGGUGUGGAUACAACUUCAAGGUUGAUUCAAAAUUUCAAAGUAUUGACUUCUCGGAAGUUGACAUUUCAACUUUUCGCUCAGAGUAUGGAUAUUACCAACGAGCCAACUAUGAGAGUGAAGUAGAAAAAUUUCAAGAAAUGUUAAAAAGAAUUGAAGAACCACAAUUGACAUUGCAAUCUCUAUGCAGGAGAGCUUUACGACAACAUUUAGUAUUCGUUAAUAAAGGCUCCGAGAUAGAAUCAUUGAUCAGUACCUUGCCCCUGUCAGAGGUAUUAAAGAAUUAUCUCACUCUCAGGGAUUAUACACAAGAUUUUGAGAAAAUUGAAUUCUAUGAAGAAAUAUAAAGGUGUAUUCUGUAAAAAAAAAAAAGUAUAUUUAAUGAGUGUCACGAAUACUUAGGGUGAAUGUUUGUCUGUCAUUUACUGCAUGUACAUCGUUCUUCGGCCUCCUUUUUACAAUAUUCAAUAUUGUUCUUAUCUUCUUUUUACUUCUUCGAUGUUUUAUGCCCAGUUCCAGAUAG